UCGGGUGCGGCCUCUUUGGUGCGCUCGGGGCGGCGUCUCCGGCUCAGUGUGGUCGGAGGCGGCGGAGGGGCCGGGCGCUCCGGCGGGGUCGAUUGUUGUGAUGCGGCUGCUCAUGGCGUCGUCGUCGUCGUCGUCGUCGGGGGCCCUCGCGAGCCGCGCCGGGCGGAGGUAGCCGCGCCACGCCACGCCACGCCGGGUCAGGAUGGAGGACAAGGCGGCCAAGGAGGAAGGCGAGGCCGAGAUCCAGGAGCUGCACGGGCCCGAGCACUGGUUCAGCAAGUGGGAGCGGCAGUGCCUGGCCGAGGCCGAGCAGGACGACGGCGCGCUGCCGCCCGAGCUGCAGGACGACGACGAGGCCGCCGCGGCCGCCGCCGCCGCCCCGCAGCCCGAGCACAAGCAGCAGAAGCUCUGGCACCUCUUCCAGAACUCGGCCACCGCCGUGGCGCAGCUCUACAAGGACCGCGUGUGUCAGCAGCCAGGCCUCUCGCUCUGGGUUCCAUUCCAGAAUGCUGCCACCGCCGUCACCAACCUCUACAAAGAAAGCGUGGAUGCCCAUCAGCGGAGUUUCGAUGUAGGAAUCCAUAUUGGCUAUCAGCGUCGUAAUAAGGAUGUGUUGGCUUGGGUUAAAAAGCGCAGAAGAACUAUUCGCAGAGAAGACUUAAUCAGCUUCCUGUGUGGGAAAGCUCCUCCUCCACGAAACUCUAGAGCUCCCCCAAGACUGACUGUAGUAUCCCCUAACCGAGCUACUUCAACAGAAACUAGCUCCUCUGUAGAGACAGACUUGCAGCCCUUCCGAGAAGCCAUAGCGCUCCAUGGUCUUAGCGGUGCAAUGGCUAGUAUAAGUGUUCGCUCGAGUACCCCGGGCUCGCCCACUCACGUGAGCAGUGGCUCCAACGGUAGUCGAAGGAGAAAUGGACUCCAUGAUGUUGACUUGAACACUUUCAUAUCCGAAGAAAUGGCACUCCACUUGGACAAUGGUGGAACUAGAAAGCGUACCUCAGCCCAGUGCGGUGAUGGCAUUACGGACUCCCCGACCCAUAAACGCAAUCGUAUGAUCUAAAUGGCAACACCUUUUGGUCUUCUCUUCUCCUCAUCCCCACCCCACCGCCAUGCUGCUUGAGGCUCAGCAUCACGCUGGGAAAACGAACCUGAGGCGCUCUCCUCCCGAGUCCUACAAAAUCAAUAAUUGCCAUAAAGGAAAGCUUACAUACUGACAGUAGAUCCUUCUCGUAACUACAGCUUUCUUCAAAUUAGAUUCUUUAGCAGAGGACUUCCAAUGUUGUGUAGUAGCUAGCAAGCUCAUCGCAGGCAGAACAUGCAUCUGUUCCAAGGCUAAAAGUGACCUUACUUGUAUUCUUAAAGGGAAAAAGGAAAUAUCAGACGUUUAUUUGGUUACAGAAAUGCUUUUUUGUCCUUUAUUUCUUGCCGUGUUUAAAUAUUUGCUUCAACAGUAUUGCCACUUUGACAACAGUGUCAAAAACAUGACUUGGCAUGUAAGACCUGCAGGCUUCCUUUUGAAUAUAUAUAUAUUUUUCUUUUUAAAGCUCUACUGGGCACAUAAUUUCUAUAUAGUAAGUGUGCAAGUUAUUAGUAUUGGCCUGUACCCUUUUUUAAGUUUCCAGAGCAGUUGAUGGUGGCUGUGUGGUCAUGUAAAGAGGUUCUAUGAUGGUUAUGCAAUGGACACUAAAUACUAAAAGGCUCUUCGUUGGGUUUGCUUUGUGUGUGUGAACUCCUGAGGUAGUUGUCCCAAUCUCCCCCACCCCCAUGAGAUCCUUCAAUUGGAAGAUUUUCGGUUGAUUGUCUAUUAUAAUUUGAGUAUUCCCUUGUAAUUGAACACCAGAAUUCUACAUUAAUUGCCCGAGAGGAACAUGUUCUGUAACUGGAGAGCAGAUGGUUUAGGUGCUACAGGUAUGUAUUGUACACUUCCUGUGAAAAAAACCCCCUAAUCUCUGCGGAAUGAGUGGAGGGAAAAUGGGUGGGUGGGAGCAGUUUUAAAAAGGAUAUUGGAUGUUGUGUCUUUCCAUGAUGGGGUGUGACUUCUGAGCCGCUGAAGGAAGCAUGGCCUGAGCCAGCCGAGGCAUCUGGUGUAGUUUUCCGCACAGUUGAGGCGAGAAGUGGGACCUUGGAAGUCCCGUGAAAGAAACUUCACUGGGAAACCCUGUGGCUUCAGUGCAAGAUGCUGCGAUGGUCCAAAACCCGUCCAAAACUAAAGUCUUGGGGUUUAGCUGGCCUGGAAUGGAAUGAGAAGAAGUGGCAAAGUUUUAUUGGUCGGGGCCCCCAUGGUGCUCUUGGUAAAGCAGUCUUCUGAAUGUACCAUAUUCUUUCAGAGUCGGCUAAAUGAGCCUAGGAGAAUGUUUGUUUGAGGGAGGCUUAGUGGAUACUGGGACAUAAGGGCUAAACGUCUCGGCCUGCAUCAAAAGAAACUGGAGACAGUCAUUGGUGCAGAGGGUCUCGGCCCCCACCUGGUUCCUGAGUUCUGUCCUGUUUUAAUCAAGUGCUGGUGGACAGGCUGAUACCUACUUAGGGUGUCUUUAGACAUCCUAACCUCUUUUAAAUGGCUUCGCAUGAAGGAGAUUCAAUUUGUAUAGAGCUUGGCCUGACCAGCUGAAUGCCAGGGCCCUCGUUCAACCCCUCUGUAUGCGCCACAAUUCAGAUGCGGACACAGAUCAAUCUCCCCUUACCUACUGUGGUUUCCGCACUUCAUUUUCGGGGCAGGGGGAAGAGAGAGUCUCCGUGUUUGGAAUGCAGGCAGCUGCAGGGAAACAGCUGGACUGCGGGGUGCAGGAGCAUCCGUGGCAUGCUGGUGUGGGUGCCGUGGAUCGCAGUUGAGUAUGUUCUCUUAGCAUCAACAUCCUCCUCACUGUUGAGAAGUUUGAUUUGAAACGCAGGGUGCCUCAUCCAACUUUUGAGGCCAGGAACGUGCAUUGCAAGAAGCAUGCUGCAUUUCUUGCUUUGCAGAGCUUUUAAAAUGGCUAGUGUCACCUUUUGAGAGUUUAUAAAUCAGCUAAGUGGUGCUGGGGCUAGAAGUUAGCAGUUCAUGAAACUACGUGAGAUUAAAAACAAUGACAACAACACACACACACACGAGCCCAACCUCAAGUCUUGCUGUUUAGUCUCUUGGACACAUUUUCUACAGAUUUGCCAAUGUAGGUACAACAACUUAAGUACUGUUGGCCUAACAAAAUAUCAUAGGGCUUCUGUGUGGCACUUGUAGUUUCUUUGCAUAUGAUCUAGAACUAGCUUCUCUCUCUUGAGAACUUGCACUUCAGGCUGGUGUGUGCAGUAGUGACUAAGACCGUAGCUCGAAAGAAAGAAAGUAUAUUCUGCCAAAAAAAGGUGGUACUUCAGAAGCAUAGCAAGUGGGUGUCUUAAGUGAGAAUCCCAAAUGGGCAGAAUAGCUUGUAUUUUUGGUAGGAAUCUGCCUGGAAUGGACAAAUAGCAGCAUAAUGACUUCUGCCUCUGCUGUUUCCCCAAGCCCCUCACUCCUUGAUUUAGUUAAUAGAUGUACAGAAUUAGUAGGAUAUGGUUUUAUGGAACUUCACUAAGCACUGGGUUUUUUUGUUUUGUUUUUGUUUUUUGUUAAUUGGAGGUAUGUUUACUCCAGAGUAGUUAAAUGGGGCCCAGCCCAUGAUACUAGAUGGAGUGGGAUAACUUUGCUUCAUGGCUUAAUCAAUUCAAAAAGAAGGAAACAUUUAGAUCUUGAUGUGUGGCGUUUCUUUACCCCAAUCCCUCCCAAAUAGAAUAUAACUCUGCUGUUUGCUUUCAGUCUAGCUCCUCUGAACAAAAUUUGUCAAGCAUUUUUUAUAUUUUUGGUGCCAUUUCCCCCCCCCCCUUUUGGUAAAGAGAAAAGCAGGCUUUGAUAAUCUAGCUGCACUAAUAGUGUGUGUGCUUGUAAGUCUUCAACAAAUUUUAUUUUACUGCUUCUUUUAACCCCCAUAUUUGCUGUCAAACUGUUCACCCUCCUGCCAAAAUCGACCUAGAUUGCAUGAUGGCCUCAUCUGGGAAGUCGAUGUGUAGCAGAUUACUUUUAAAGCUCAGAUGUGGACUGUUUCGAUGGGUCACCCACGCAGUGUGGAUUCUGGAAGAUCAAGGCUAUCUAUUGUAAAGCAGACAUCUUUAGUGCUUGGGAAUGGGGUGGGAGAAUUACUCUCUUGCAGUUCAGCUUUUUUUUUUUUUAUCUGACUCAAUUGAAUGCCUUCUGGUGAUAUUUGUCUCAUCUCUUUCCCCAUGUAAACCAAACUUAACAUGAAUGUGGGGCAGAUUUUACAUAUAGUGUAUCCUGCAUUGAAGCUGAGCUUGGCUUGCAUAUUACUAAAAUUCAAUUUGAAUAUUAAAACACUUGAGCUAUAGUGAAGUAAUGCAAAGCUGAUUUUUUUUCCCUUCCUUUGUCUGAAACUGAACUCCUGCAAUCCUCAAAUGUGACUUACCCUGCUGGAGAAAUAGAUACCUUUUUAAAACCCUAAUAAAAUAAAAUAAACGAA